AUGGCGGAGCAGGAGAGCCUGGAGUUCGGCAAGGCGGACUUUGUGCUGCUGGAUCAUGUCACCAUGGAGGAGUUCAUGGACAACCUGAAGCUCAGGUUUGAGCGCGGGAAGAUCUACACGUACAUCGGGGAAGUGGUGGUGUCUGUGAACCCGUACAAAUCCGUCGAUCUGUAUGGGAAGGAAAUGAUCGAAUACUACCGGGGGAGGGAGCUGUACGAGAGACCGCCGCACCUCUACGCCGUCGCUGACGCCGCCUACAAGGCCAUGAAACGCCGAGCCAAGGACACGUGCAUUGUGAUCUCAGGAGAGAGCGGAGCAGGGAAGACAGAGGCCAGCAAG